CAGAGUCAGGAGUGCGAGAACCGGAGACAAGAAAAGACCGAAUAAAACACAAUGGCUGGAUUAAAACUGGCUAACAUUUAUGUGUUUUUGAUACUAAUGCUGCCAUUAGCAGCAGCAGGAACUCACUCCUACCUGUCUGUCAGGAUUGGAAAUGAAAUCACAUUGGCCUGUCAAAACAGAGAAGACUUUAAUAAAAGCUGUAACAGUACUACCUGGCUCUUUGGUGCUUCCCGAAGUUUCAUAACAGUGCCGCUGUUUGAACAUGGAAAGAUUCACAGUGACGCCAGAUCUAAGUCAGGCAGACUGAGUGUCACAGAAAACUGUUCUCUGGUUAUAAAGAAAGUCACAUCACUGGAUGACGGUCGUUACACCUGUAGACAGUUCAUAUCAGGAAAGCAAGUUUCAGACUUCAUGGUUUUUCUGUCUGUUUUUAACACACAAGAAACUCCGCCAUCCAGUUUCACCACCACCGUCAGACCGAAAGUCCUUUUCCAAGCAAAGGACUCAGCAAGCACAAGAACAACAGCAUCGCCAACAACUACAGCAAAAUGCAAAUCAGAAGGAUCUACAUCAAGCGCAACAACUACUCAAGCACCCACAACAGCAGUUGUAACAACAUCACCCUCAACAACAGUCAUCAACAGUAAAACAACUAUAACAACAACCAAAACUAAAUCACCCAUGAGAACAACCUUUACUAAAUCAGUUACAACAACAACCACAGUUGAAUCCCCGACGACAAAAAAUACAACUACAUCGAUUGUAAUAAGAACCAAAGCUAUAUCCCUGGGGACAACAACAAUAACUACAUCAAAUACAACAGUGACCACAAUUAAAUCACCUACGAAAACAACCACAUUUAAUUCAACUACAACAAUAACCUCAACUAAAUCACACACGGCAACAAACACGACAGAAUCAACUACAACAACAACUACAAUUAAAUCUGCUCAAGCAGCUCAAGAAUGCCCAAAUGUAGUUCAGUCCAACAUCAUGUUGAUCGUUGUAGCCAGUGGGUUUGCAGUACUCUUUAUAAUGUUGGCAAUCGUCAUAUGGAAAAUAAGUAAAAUGAAAAAAUCACAGACGAGUGGCAACAUUGAAAUGAGCACAAACAACUGCAAUGUACCAGGAACCACUCAAGAAAGGGUUCACAGUAAACGUCAGGAAGGUGAUGUGGCGACCAACAGGAGAGUCAGAGUUUCCUACGCCUCUUCUGCAGCUUCCAAUGAUAGCAGCAGCAUCUACGCCACCAUGAAAAGAAUCUAAUGGUCCAGAAUUCAAAUGAAAAAACUAGUAAAUGAAAGUUUUCAUUUGUUUAACUACAUUAACAGCGAUUUUCUGCAUAUCUGCUAUGUUUUUUUUUACAUAACAGUUAUAUAUUCCUGCUAUUUUGACCCCUGUUCUUUCAGUGUUUUUUUCCUGUUUAUCUUACAUUACAUAAAUACCAUACAUACAUAUCGUUUGAUAAUCAGUCUUCUGCUUUGAUAUUCACAUCUUAACAUUUGCACUGACCUUUUUCAUAUUUAAGCAUUCAUAAUUAUUUGUUAUAGUUAUAAGUAUUAGUAGUAUUACAUAGUAAAAUUCAAUUUUCAGUAUAUAUAUCAUUCAGUAUUUAGUAAUAUUCAAUAUCAUGCCUGGAAUUUAUUAUAUAACCUUCAUAAUUUCUUUUUGUCUAGUUUUAUCUAGUUAACUAUCCAACAUUACAUUUUCAUUUCCAUUCUUUUUUUAAAACAUCAACCAAAAUGUUUUUUUUAUUUAUUUUAUAUUUUUCAGAUUUACGAAUAGAUUAAAUACAGUAAUAGUAAUAGCUGUAAUACUGUGACAUCAAGAGUUAUAACCAACAUAAUCUUAAUGAAGUAUACAUUUGAAAAAUUUCUUUGUGAUAUUGCAGUAUAUUGUAUUUUUUAUUAUUAGCAGUACGCAGUUAUAUACAAUCAAUAUGCAGAUGCUUUCAGGUUUAUCUUUUUAUUUUUAAGAUUAAUUCACAUAGUUACCAUUUAAUCUCACUUUGUCACAGGUUUAUGCUUCGUACAUGAAGUCAUAUUCUCUCAUGUAUCAAAAAUAUUAAUCAAUAAUGUU